ACCGAGGCCCGCGAUGCGGCCAUCCGAGAGGCCAAACAAUAUGUCCGCGACACAGUGCGAAAUGACUGGGUCUUUGAACUGUCCCCCGAAUACGGCAUUCCUUCGUUCUCAUCACCGCCGACUCCGGAGCAGGACGUGCUCGAAUGGCGCUUGCGCGAAUACGACAGUUCCGGCUCCGAACUGGAACCCCAGUCCUCCCCGACAAUCAACCCCGCUGAUGUCCAGCAGCUGCCGGGCUUCACGCCGUCGGAGAUCUCCAGCCCCAUCGCGACACCCCUGGGCGAUGAUUCGGAGCGCCGGCGCAAACGCCGCCGCCAGAUGGAGGAGGAGAUGCGCUGGAACGAGGGGCUGCGCGCGUGGGUUGAGCGACGAGAUGCGUGGUCGGGCGCCCACACCAAGGACGAGAUCCGCGCCAAAAACCUGAAGAAGCACCAGCAGCAGCAGGAGGAGGGCCACGCGACCGAGUCCUCGUUAUCGUCAUCGGACGCGGCAGUGCAGAGCCCGCCCAGGUCUCCGAGUAGCGACCUGGUCGCCAGGACGGAAGCUGCCCUUAGCCUUGGAGAGCCGAAGAACCUGGCGCAGCUGGAUGGCGAGGAGGCUGAACCAUUGACAGUCGCGGACGACAGGAAGGAACCGACCGCUUCCACGGAGACCAUCAUCACCGAACCGGGCCCCCAGAAAGAGACCUCCAGCGCCACCACGGAGACUUCAUCCUCCGAACAACCGCAAGCGCAACAGCCGCUUCGAACACUCGAAGAGCCCUUCAUACCCGUCGUCCCCUCCCUGAUCUCGGGGACCAAUCCCAUCCGCGCCUCCAUCACGCCAGCCAUGUACCCCUCCAUCUACUCCAAAGUCGUCAUCCAGGGUCUCACGCCCACCGUCCCCAUCAACCUCGCCGACGUCACCAAAGCCAUGGUCCAAGGCUGGAAGGCCGACGGCCAAUGGCCCCCCAAACCGACUCAGACCUCGAUUGUUCUACAGGACGACGCGACCAUCCCUCGCCGACCGGAGGACAGCACCACGACGGCGGCAGUAGCAGCAGCAGCAGGCGGGGACCGCGUGCCUUCAUCGCCCGAGUCGAAACGCCGCUCCGGCGUCGCCAGUGCCGUCCGCAAGGUGUUCCAUUUCUCGGGGUUCCACCCCCACCCAUUCCACCGGAGAGGCUCCUCCAGUCAACAAAAU